AGUUUAGACAGUCCCACGUCGAGGCACACUCAACCAAAGAAGGAAUCAUUUUCUUCUUUAACUGAUACAAAGUUUUAGGAAUGGCAUUUUCUUAGCUCAACUUUUCAUUUGACAGAAAAAUCAUAAAUCAUUAGAUUAGUUCAAAGGAACCGCUAAGUAAUAAUCCAUUAGCCUUCAGCCGAGACGUACAUCGUUUGUUCCUUUAUUAUCGUUACUAAACUGAUUAGAACAAAUACAGUUAUGAAUGACUUGUCAAAUGGCUCUUUAUUUCGUAAGAAAAGGAAACAUUCAGAUUCACCUGAAAGAAGUAAAAGGAAGCAAACUUUUGACAUUCCGAGUGAUCCUUGUCUAUGCAUCUUGUGUCGAAAAAGAAUGAAAGAUCCUCAUAGUAUUGUAUGUGGCCAUACUUUUUGUAAGAAAUGUAUUAUAAAACACCUUCAUGAUAGUAGAGAGUGUCCAAUAUGUAAGAUGAUAAUUAGCGAAGGUGCUGAUGGAAUAUUUCCAAAUCAUUCCAUUCGACAAAUUAUUGAAAUGAUAAAUCAAACUAUGGUUGAGGGAAAUUUUACCUUGUCUUCCAAGCACUGUCAAGAUUGUAUCAAACAUAGAUCACUAAACACAGGAAGUCCUUUCUGUUCAUUUCAUAAAUUCGUUCAAAAGUUGGAUAUGAACAACGAAAGAGAUAAAGAUAGGCUUAGGCAGUUAAUUGUAGAAAAACGAAAUCAUACCUUAAGUGUUAUUAAAAAAACAAGUGAUACAAUGAAUGAAGUUCCUAUGAUGGUUGAUUUGGAUGACAUGUUAAACAGUCCUGUAGAGUUAAAUUCGCAAAAUCUACCUAUUUUAAAUAUGGGACCAGUUGAAGAUACAGAUGAUAUGACAGCUGAUGAGCAAUUAAAAAGAUUAAAUCCUUACUUGAAUGAGAUUGAAAAGGAAUUUAAAGAAACAGCGCGAGAUCCUAAGGGAAUAGAAGAAUUUAACCAAAAAAUAUAUGAUAUUACCCAAGUGUCCAAAUCUCGAACCGUCGGCACAUUAUCCUAUAUUGAUAAACCAACGAACAAAUCAAUUUGCAUUGUCUCUUCAAUUGAAGUUAGCCCAAACGGAGAGUAUUGUGCUGCAGCUGGGGUUUUACGUUUGGUCAAAAUUUUUGAUAUGACCAAUAUUGUUCAGAAUUCUCUUCACGAUCGCCUAAAUCCAUAUUUGAAUUCUCCAUCUUUAAUCCUGAGAAAUAAGCACAAAAUUUCUGCAAUAUCCUGGAGUCGGUUCUAUUUGAAAUCUUUGUUAACUGCUGACUAUGAAGGAAACUUAGUUUUGUGGAACAUUUCUACGAAAAAAGCUGUUAUGCUUUUUAAAACUCAUGAAAAACGAUGCUGGGAUGUUGAAUUUUCGAAAUGUGAGCCUAACUUAUUUAUAUCGGCGGGUGACGAUGCAACCGUUAGACUUUGGAGUGUCAAAGACAGAAAUGAGAUUAGUUUAAUUAAAGCAGACUAUAAUGUUUGUACUGCGAAAUUUAAUCCUGAGAAAAGCAAUGAAUUUGUGUACGGUUGUUCGGAUCAUAAAUUAUAUUACUAUGAUAUGAGAAACGUAUCCAAACCGCUUCAUGUUUUACGCGGUCAUGAAAAAGCUGUUAAUCAUUGCAAAUUUAUUAACGCCAACGAAUUUGCAUCUGCUAGUGUAGAUGGUAAAAUCAAAGUUUGGAAGCUCGAUGAGAAUACAGGAAAGUUUAAUUGUAAUCGCUCGUUGGAAGGACAUAAAAAUUUUAAGAAUUUCGUCGGUUUAUCUGGAAGAAAUCGUUACCUCGUUUGUGGAAGCGAAGAUAAUUCCCUAUACGUUUAUCAUAAGGACUUUAAUUUUCCGAUAUGCCACCAUCCUUUCGAUGCACGAAUGGCGGACGAUUAUAAAUCAGUUCGAUCCGAGUUCUCCAGCGGAGCAUCAAGUUUUGUGAGUACAGUAUGCUGGCAAGAGAAUUCUAAUUUUGUUUUGGCCGGUAACAGCGCCGGUCUAAUCCGAUACGUCCAUCUGUAUUAG